GGUUACUCUGGAGGAGAAGAAAGGAGUAGAGAAGAGAAAACUUGAAAUUCCACUGACCAAUCAUUUUAAAUUGUUAUUGUUUUGUAAGUACUGUUUAAUCGGGUUUGUUAACCCUAGAACCAUUUUAUUUUUGUAAAGCAAAUCAAGAAAUCGAAGAAAUGAAAUAUAUCAUAGGCAUUGGCGGCGUGACCAAUGGUGGGAAAACCACUUUGACGAAUAGACUUAUCAAAGAAUUGCCUAACUGUUGCGUGGUACAUCAAGACGACUUUUUCAAGCCACAAGAUCAGAUAGAAGUCGGGGAGGACGGCUUUAGACAGUGGGAUGUGAUCACAGCCUUGGACAUGGAGGCCAUGAUUAACACUAUCAAGGGCUGGGCUGAGAAUCCAGUGAAGUUUGCCCGUUCCCACGGUGUCAGUGUUUCACCGCUGGCCGAGGUGUCUGAUCCAGAGAAGGAAAUUCACAUACUGAUUGUCGAGGGGUUCCUUCUCUACAACCACAAGCCUUUACUUGAUGUUUAUGACAAGUGCUACUACAUAAGCAUUCCAUACGAAGAGUGCAAGGCGAGGAGAAGUACAAGGACGUACACAGUUCCUGACCCCCCUGGUCUCUUUGACGGUCAUGUGUGGCCCAUGUAUUUGAAACACAGGAAAGAAAUGGAGAACAGUGGUUUGGCCAUUGAAUACCUGGAUGGUUUGAAAUCUAAAGAUGAGAUCUAUAACCAGGUGUAUGAAGACAUCCAGAAUACACUGUUGAAUCGUUUAUAGCAGGGCCUGUGCAUCUCUGAAGACCUGUGUAUAGAGCUGUAAAUAGCAUCUUUGUUUUGAGAAU